AUGAAAAGUGGAGUAGAAUUUGGAAUUCUUCGAAAAGAUUUGACCUCAUCCACCCCCCAGCAGAACCUCCGGCCCAAAGUACCCACCCACGACCUUAUAUUCAAUAACGAAGAAUGUAUUUCCACAAAUGCUUACCACGGUCAGUAUUGCUUCACUGAAGUAACGGAACAUGCCUCGCGAAAACCCUUUGUCGGAAUGGCCAAAGUAGCAGAGCUUGAAUUGAGGGAGGCCCCAAGAAAAAUUUCCUCAACUUUUACCAAUCAACCUCCAGAGAUGAUGACUAUUGCGAAAUCUCAACCACCAACUCACGUCAUUGCUCUUCCUACACAUAUUAAUCAGUUCAGAGUGGAUCCAAUAAAGUCUAAUCCUGAACAAAGCCGAAACAGGAAAACGGCGUUUCGUAGGAGGAAGUGGUUAUUAAGAAUUGGAAUUCUACUGGCAGUCAUUUUGAUUCUAAUCUCCUGCGUCUACCAGAUCUGCGCAUGGACGAAUCGAUGGCAGAAACGUCGUUCUCUCCUUCUAGUCCAACGAACUCCAGUCCCAACUAUUCUAGACCACCAGGGAAAUACAACCAUCCCUUCAAUUGUCAACAUCACCAUCUGCAAUGCGAAUCCAUUCAGAGGCUCGGCAAUAUUUGAUUUACCCAGUGGAAGUUACCUCUACGAUACCCUUACUGGAACUCGAACCGGAUCAAUGAAAGUUCCUGACUUCGCAAAGGAGCUUAGAAAUGCUCAAAAGGUACUCAAAUUGAUGCUUUUAAAGGCAAUUGGUUACAAAGAGCAUUAG